GAAGCAAGCGAGCAAAGACGGGCCAGGACGUGAGCCAGCCAGCUAGCGUGUCCAAUCUACGCCAGGAAGAACCUUUGUGGAGGAACAGAAAUACUUUGUAGGUCCAUAUCACCAUGGCGGCCUUUGACGCGGGAGAGGGGGGGACGGGAUUGUCAAAGCACAUCAGGGCCUUGGGCAUCAGCGAGACAUACGACCUGGCCGGCUUCGGAGAGGCGCAGACGAAAGAUCUUGUACGCGACGCGUUUACUCAGCCCAUUCAAGCCACGGAGCCCCUUCGGUUCACUUUCCUCAUCGGAGGGGGCAAGACACAAAAUCGCCAAAAGUAUGACAGCGAUCUCGGGCGGUACCUCUCUGCCGCACUCAGAGAGAUAGGAUUCCGUGAGGAUCGUGCAGCGACGGCCCUGAUGGAGUGCCAGGGAUCAUACAAGAGCCAACACGACACGCACAAGGGGAUACGCACAGUGCAGGUGUUCCCCAAGAUCGACCUUGUUGAUGAGGAAGGGGAAAACGGCGCUGGUCAGGGACGGAGCCGUAUCACCAACCCGUCGUCGCCGGAGUACAUGGCCGCCGUCUGUACGUUCGAUACGUUUCAAGAAAUGGUGCAAGAAAAGGUCUGUUCCUGGAACCAGAAGAGGCGUCUCCUACGACAUCUGGGGUCCUUUGUCGCAAGAUAUAAAGAGGCGGAGCAGAAGCUGAUGAAGAUGGAAGCUCUUUCGGACGAGGAACAGGAGAUCUACGACAGCAUUGACCCGGAUGGCGUGGAGGAGAAGACCGUGUGGCUUACUUCCCUGGUGAAGGCGAUGGUGGAGAACGGACAGCUUACCGCGGCCGAGCGUGAGCAAGUCUUAUCGCAGAUUCAAGCGAAGCUCGAGAACUGUUCCGUUGACCAAGAGGCGGCCACCCUCAAUGAGGACGAGGGCAAGCUGGCCAGGAUACACAAGCAGGCGGAGCAACUCAUGAAGAGGCGGAGUAUAGUCAACGGCCACGCGCCCGUGUCGCACAAAGUCAAGCAUCAGGACGAGUUGCGCGGCAUCACGGCCAAGCUGAUCAAGAUAGAGAAACUAGAGAAUACGCGCGGGAGGCUGCUGACGAUAGAUGAGGUGAAGCAGGUGGGUCUCAAGGAAGAGCUCCUGGAGCGGGCGACCGUUCUGGAGAACGACUCUCGCGGCUGGUUCGAGGAGGACGAGGAGCUCGAGGCCCGCCUAGCAGAAGUCAGAAAGCAAGGCCAGCGCAUGGCCGCGAAGAAAGCGGCGGGGGGUGGCAAAGGCGGGAAGUCCGGAGGCGGUGCCAGCGCGGGGAGGGGGCGCGGGGGCGGGGGGAUGGCGAUGGACUCGGAUGGAUGGAACAAGGUCAAGAGGUAAAGCCUGCGGCACGAGCAAACACCUCAUCGGUGUUCAGCCUCGGCAGCAGAAAGGAAGGAAGAAAGGAAGGGGCUUGGGCGGAUAAUCAAGGCCAUCACUAUGGAGGAAGGCGUGAUCAUUGGCCAAGGCGAAAACUCGAUUCGUCUCGAAAAAUAUGGCGUGUUGGUGUGUUGAGUAGCUUGCCUCAGCUAGUCUUCGUCUCGCGUGAUGUGCCUAUGGUUGGCUGUGCGUGUAUGUGAGAUGGUCUAGCACAUCGCGCUAUUGAUCCAGGAUAGGUCACCGUGCAGAAGCGCCGCAAGGCAUUCGAAGCACGCCGUCUGGAGCCAAUUCUGCCGCGGUGACGUCUUGCCCGUUGUGAGACCCACUCCACGCUCAAGCGGCUCGUGUCUGGAGCAGGGCGGGUCGUGUGGGCUGCUUGUGGUCACCUCAGGUAUGCACAUGUGCGAGGUGGCGGUCGCAGGCGCCGGUGGCAUUUUUUCGUGGAGGGGGGCGUUGAAGGAGGUGGUGCGGUUUAGAAUGUUUUGUUUUCCUCCGGGUUCGCGCGAGGAGGAUGUCGAUGUUUUGGUGUCGGCGAACACCUCUUGCGAAUGCCUCCUGCGAACGCCUUUUGGGUUGGGAGGGGGUCGGACUCGAAUCACGACCGGUUUUGGUUUAUACAGGCCGUGUUCGGUGAUGUGCUAUGAGUCCUUCCGGCCGAGGUAUGUAGAGCAUUGGGAGGGAAUAAUGACACGAUCAGGAGGCGACUGCCAUGUGAAGCACUCAACCGCGUCGGUGGCUGCCCGCACCGAAUGUUUACAGUU